CUUUUUUCCUCCCCAAACCGUUUUAACCAGAUAUCCUACUUCUGGCCAUCUAUCUUUCAGUUCCUUGCUUACAUUGCUAUUUUUUUCCCCUGCUUGGCUCUUUGUCUGCUCUUAUCUCUGAGCCUUUUGCCCAUCCGUACUGUGGCAAAUUUCACCAUUUCUGCUAAUCCACUUUCAGUUCUAUUCGCUCUGGUGCCAACUCUAACAUUAAACCCCCAACUUCCGUUAGCACUAUUUCCAUGUCAGACACCGAGGGAGGCUUUAUCAGGGACGACCCUGACGUAAACCGUCGCAGCACCAGGCGAACCCGCAGCAACGUCUCCUACACGGAAGACGACGCUAUCCAUGUGGACGAGGAUGACGUUCCGUUGGCGAAACGCAGGAGAACCCCAAGACGCAGGGCUAGGACAGAGCCAGAAGAGUUUGUAGUGCUCUCCGAUUCGGAUGUUGAGUUUGUGCCCGGCCAGACCCAGGCGAUUGAGGUCUCCUCCGAAAGCGACGCCGAGCUCGAAGUCAUCGACGAUCCGACGCUCUCUGAAAGGAUCAAUGAUCUCAAGGACACGGCGCGGGAAAAGGCAAGAAAGAAGCCGAAGAAAAAAGCUGUGUCAAAGAAGCCAAGGGUCCCGUACUUCACCCGCGUGACAGAAAAGUUGUACACGAUGCACCCGGACCUCCGCGACGUGUUCCCCGCCCUUGGCGAUCAGGCGCCGAUCGUGCCGGAAAAGGCGCCACACCCUGUACAUAUGACGAUUAAGAUGCUUCCGUUCCAGCUCGAGGGGCUCAACUGGCUUGUAAAGCAGGAAGACGGCAUGUACCAGGGGGGCAUUUUGGCGGACGAAAUGGGAAUGGGGAAGACGAUCCAGACAAUUGCGCUCUUCAUGAACGACCGAGCGAAGCGGCCGAACCUUGUCAUUGCACCGACGGUGGCGCUCAUGCAGUGGAAAUCGGAAAUCGAGGCCCAUACCGGCGGGACGAUGACGGUGGGAGUGUUCCACGGUGCGAAUAGAACGUCCGACCCAGCUGCUUUGGAAAAGUUUGACGUGGUUCUCACGACGUACGCAGUUCUCGAGAGCGCCCACCGCAAGGAGCGCUACGGCUUCAAGCGCAAACACGGAUUGGUCAAGGAAGCGUCUGCGUUGCACGCCGUUCCGUUCUACCGCGUGGUAUUAGACGAAGCCCACAACAUCAAGGACCGCCAGAGCGGGACUGCGAAGGCUGCCAACGAUCUCACGACCCAGAAGCGAUGGUGCCUUCUGGGGACGCCGCUCCAGAACCGCAUCGGCGAGAUCUACUCACUCCUUCGGUUCAUGAAGCUAGAGCCGUACUGCCAGUAUUUCUGUACCAAGUGCGACUGUCGGUCGAACAACUGGCGCUUUUCCGAUCGCUCGCACUGCGACGACUGCGGCCACACACCGAUGUUACACACUAACUUUUUCAACCACUUUAUGCUCAAGAACAUUCUCAAGCAUGGAAUCCAGGGUGACGGCCAGGUAUCGUUUAACAACCUCAGGGUUUUGCUCAAGAACAUCAUGUUGCGCAGGACCAAGGUGGAAAGGGCUGACGAUUUGGGCUUGCCUCCAAGGGUGGUGGAGAUCCGCAGAGACACGUUUAACGAGGAGGAGAAGGACCUAUACUCCAGUUUGUACUCGGAUUCGCGGAGACGCUUUAACGAUUAUGUCGCCGAAGGGGUUGUUUUGAACAACUACGCAAACAUUUUCACCCUCAUUACCCGGAUGCGCCAGCUCGCAGACCAUCCGGAUUUAGUGUUGAAGCGGGCGGGACUGGGCUUGGGUACUGUUGACGGGGUGCUCGUCUGCCAGUUGUGCGAUGACGAAGCCGAGGAGGCCAUUGAGUCAAAGUGCCACCACAAGUUCUGCCGCAUGUGUAUUAGUGAGUACUGCGAGAGCUUCCUGGGGGCUGCCAAGGACUUGGAGUGCCCCGUAUGCCACAUCGGUUUGAGCAUUGAUCUCCAGGCGCCGGCCAUUGAGGUGGAUGCGGAAAUCUCGAAGAAAGGCUCGAUUGUGUCGCGGAUCCGCAUGGACGGUGAAUGGCGCUCGUCCACCAAAAUCGAAGCUUUAGUGGAGGAGUUGUACAAAUUGCGCAGCGAUCGACAAACGAUCAAAUCGAUUGUCUUUUCGCAGUUCACCAGCAUGCUCGACUUGGUGGAGUGGCGCUUGAAGCGCGCGGGUUUCCGCACGGUCAAACUCCAAGGCUCCAUGUCGCCCAUCCAGCGCGAAAAGACGAUCAAGCAUUUUAUGGAAAAUCCGUCGGUGGAGGUCUUUUUGGUGUCGCUUAAAGCCGGAGGGGUGGCGUUGAACUUGUGCGAGGCGUCGCAAGUGUUUAUCAUGGAUCCCUGGUGGAACCCCAGCGUAGAAUGGCAGUCGGGGGACAGGGUUCAUAGAAUCGGACAGCACCGGCCGGUAAAGAUCACCCGGUUCUGUAUUGAGGAUAGUAUUGAGUCGAGAAUCAUCGAGUUGCAGGAUAAGAAGGCAAACAUGAUCCAUGCCACUAUCAACCAUGAUGAUGCUGCGGUCAGUCGUUUGACCACCGCGGAUUUGCAGUUUUUGUUUAACAAUUAA